CCUCCCUCCCUUCGGCCGGGCUCCGUGGCGGUAGCGGCGGCGGCGGCGGCGGCUCCAUUCCCCCUCCUCCCCCGGGAGCGGUGGUGGCGGCCGGGCUGGGGCCCAGCGCGGGCCGGGAGGGGGCACGACUGUGCCCACGGAGGCCAGCGCGGGAGGCCGUGCUCCACUCCCCGGGCCGCGCCGACCUGCUUGACCGCCGGCCUGUCCGCGCCCAGGGUCCCCCGAACGUUGGGGCCGGGCGGGCGGCUGAGGUGCCAUGAGGAAGCCUCAACAGAAGUCACGGCAGAAUGCCGAGGGCCGGCGUUCCCCAUCCCCCUACAGUCUCAAGUGCUCACCUACCCGGGAGACCCUGACAUAUGCCCAGGCCCAACGGAUUGUUGAGGUGGACAUUGAUGGACGCCUGCAUCGUAUCAGCAUCUAUGACCCGCUCAAGAUCAUCACAGAGGAUGAGCUGACUGCCCAGGAUAUCACUGAAUGUAAUAGUAACAAGGAAAAUAGUGAGCAGCCUCAGUUCCCUGGCAAAUCCAAAAAACCCUCAUCCAAGGGCAAGAAGAAGGAUUCCUGUUCCAAGCAUGCACCCGGCACUUCCUUCCACCUCCCACAGCCCAGCUUCCGCUUGGUGGACUCAGGCAGUCAGCCAGAAGCACCCCCAUUGCCUGCUGCCUACUACCGUUACAUUGAGAAACCACCUGAAGACCUGGAUGCAGAGGUAGAGUAUGACAUGGAUGAGGAGGACUUUGCCUGGUUGGACAUGGUGAAUGAGAAGCGGCGAGUAGAUGGGCACAGUUUGGUGUCAGCAGAUACUUUUGAGCUGCUGGUAGACCGGCUUGAGAAGGAGUCAUACUUGGAGAGUCGUAGCAGUGGGGCCCAACAGUCACUCAUUGAUGAAGAUGCCUUCUGUUGUGUGUGCCUGGAUGACGAAUGCCACAAUAGCAAUGUCAUUCUUUUCUGUGACAUCUGCAACCUAGCUGUACACCAGGAGUGCUAUGGCGUCCCCUACAUCCCUGAGGGUCAGUGGCUAUGCCGCUGCUGCUUGCAGUCUCCCUCCCGGCCUGUGGAUUGUGUCCUCUGCCCCAAUAAAGGUGGCGCCUUCAAACAGACCAGCGAUGGGCACUGGGCCCACGUGGUGUGUGCCAUCUGGAUCCCUGAAGUCUGUUUCGCCAACACCGUGUUCCUGGAGCCCAUUGAGGGCAUUGACAACAUCCCACCUGCCCGCUGGAAACUGACCUGCUAUAUCUGCAAGCAGAAGGGGCUGGGUGCAGCCAUCCAGUGCCAUAAGAUGAACUGCUACACAGCCUUCCAUGUGACAUGUGCACAGCGGGCUGGGCUUUUCAUGAAGAUUGAGCCCAUGCGUGAGACUAGCCUCAAUGGCACCAUCUUCACAGUGCGCAAGACUGCCUACUGUGAGGCCCACUCACCGCCAGGUGCUGCCACUGCUAGAAGGAAGGGUGACUCCCCUGAAAGCCUCAGUGAGGCUGGGGAUGAGGAAGGGCUGAAGGAAGGCUGUGGGGUGGAAGAAGAGAAGGAAGAGGUGGAAGAAGAGGAGGAAGAUGAAGGCCAGGGGGGAAUAGGUGGCCCUGUUAAGGGAGUGCCUAAGAAGAACAAGAUGACUUUGAAGCAAAAGAUCAAGAAAGAGCCAGAAGAAGUGGGACGAGACACACCCUCCACUGUCCCAUUGGUCACCGUCCCACAGAUACCCUCUUAUAGGUUGAACAAGAUCUGUAGUGGUCUCUCCUUUCAGAGGAAAACCCAGUUUAUGCAGCGGCUUCACAACUAUUGGCUGUUGAAGCGGCAGGCACGGAAUGGUGUCCCCCUCAUCCGGCGCUUGCACUCCCACCUGCAGUCCCAAAGAAACGCUGAACAGCGAGAGCAGGAUGAGAAAACGAGUGCAGUGAAGGAAGAGCUGAAAUACUGGCAGAAGCUCCGGCAUGACCUGGAGCGAGCCCGGCUGCUGAUUGAGUUGAUUCGGAAGAGAGAGAAACUCAAGCGGGAGCAGAUCAAGGUCCAGCAGGCUGCCAUGGAGCUAGAGCUGAUGCCAUUCAAUGUUUUGCUGAGGACAACACUGGACUUGCUGCAGGAGAAGGAUCCUGCACACAUCUUCGCUGAACCUGUCAACCUGAGUGAGGUUCCAGAUUACCUGGAAUUCAUAUCCAAGCCAAUGGAUUUUUCUACUAUGAGGAGGAAGCUGGAGUCCCAUCUGUACUGCACCUUGGAGGAGUUUGAGGAGGACUUUAACCUUAUAGUUACCAACUGCAUGAAGUAUAAUGCUAAAGACACAAUUUUCCACCGAGCAGCUGUCCGCCUGCGGGACCUGGGAGGGGCCAUCCUGCGGCACGCCCGGCGGCAGGCAGAGAACAUCGGCUAUGACCCCGAGAGGGGCACCCACCUGCCCGAGUCACCCAAAUUGGAGGACUUUUACCGCUUCUCCUGGGAAGAUGGUGAGAAGCCUGGGUGGGUGGAGAGGAGAGGGGCCAGAAAGAGGCACAAGGACAGAGCCCAGAGUGCCAGAAAUCCGGUGGACAACAUCCUCAUCCCAGAGAACCGGGCCCAUUUGUCCCCAGAGGUGCAGCUGAAGGAGCUGCUGGAGAAACUGGACCUGGUGAGUGCCAUGAGGUCCAGUGGGGCCCGGACUCGCCGUGUCCGCAUGCUGCGCCGGGAGAUCAAUGCUCUUCGGCAGAAGCUGGCCCAGCCGCUGCCACCACAGCCACUCUCAGUGAACAAGACUGUGUCCAAUGGAGAGCUGCCAGCAGGGCUUCAGGGGGAUGCGGCUGUGCUCGAUCAGGCCCCACAGGAGGAGCCAGAAGAUGAUGGGGACAGAGAUGACUCCAAACUGCCUCCCCCACCAACCCUGGAGCCCACUGGGCCUGCACCUUCCUUGUCUGAGCAAGAAUCCCCUCCAGAUCCCCCCACUCUAAAACCAAUCAAUGAUAGCAAAACUCCAAGCCGAUUCCUAAAACCCAGAAAGGUGGAAGAAGAUGAGCUUUUGGAAAAGUCACCUCUGCAGCUAGGGAACGAGCCCUUGCAACACCUGUUCAGUGACAGUGGCAUCAACAGAUUGUCCCUCCUGGCCUCCGAUACCCCGGCCGGUGCCCCACUCAGUAGUGUGGGCCGCCGCACCUCAGUCCUCUUCAAGAAGGCCAAGAAUGGGGUUAAGCUGCAGAGGAGCCCAGAUGGGGCUCUGGAGAAUGGUGAGGACCAUGGUGCAGUGGGCUCUCCCGCCUCUCCUGCCAGCAUCGAGGAUGAGCAGCACUCCCGGAAGCGGCCAAGGAGCAGGAGCUGUAGUGAGAGUGAAGGGGAGAGGUCCCCGCAGCAGGAGGAAGAAACAGGAGUAACCAACGGCUUUGGAAAACACACCGAAAGCGGGUCUGACUCGGAAUGUAGUUUGGGUCUCAGUGGUGGAUUGGCAUUCGAAGCUUGCAGUGGUCUGAUGCCCCCCAAACGCAGCCGUGGGAAACCAGCCCUGUCUCGAGUGCCCUUCCUAGAAGGGGUGAACGGAGACUCUGACUACAGUGGCUCAGGCAGAAGCCUCCUGAUGCCCUUUGAAGAUCGUGGAGACCUGGAGCCCCUGGAGCUGGUGUGGGCCAAGUGCCGAGGCUAUCCCUCCUACCCUGCCUUGAUCAUCGAUCCCAAGAUGCCCCGGGAGGGCCUCCUGCACAAUGGCGUCCCCAUCCCUGUCCCCCCUCUGGAUGUGCUGAAGCUGGGAGAGCAGAAACAGGCCGAGGCUGGAGAGAAGCUCUUCCUUGUCCUCUUUUUUGACAACAAGCGCACCUGGCAGUGGCUUCCGCGGGACAAGGUCCUGCCCCUGGGCGUGGAAGAUACCGUGGACAAGCUCAAGAUGCUGGAAGGUCGCAAGACUAGCAUCCGCAAGUCGGUGCAGGUGGCCUAUGACCGAGCAAUGAUCCACCUGAGCCGUGUCCGGGGGCCCCACUCCUUUGUCACCUCCAGCUACCUGUAAGGUGGGGCUGGCCUGUGUCCGCCUGCCCUGCCUCCAUCCCCAGGGCACAGAGAGCUUCUCUGUGCGGCAGCUUUCCCUUCCUUUUAUAGCAGGCCAGGGACUGACUGGGCUGAGCCCUUUCCGAGGGCACGGCCCCAGUUUGGACGAACUGGAUGGUUCCCCUGGCGGGCUGCUGUGUGCCAAAAACUCCCAUCUGAGCUCCCUCAGGGGCUGGUCCACUGAAGAACCAGUGAGAAGUCGAAAUAGCUGUGAGGCCCAGCAAGGAGAUGGUCCUGGGCUCUUUCUCAAGGGUGUGCCUAGCCCCCUCCACCUCCUGGUUAACUACACCUCAGGGCGAGUGAGGCUCUGACAUCAACCGCAGAGGUGCUGUGGAUACACUAGGGUCCCACGGGGAAUCUCACUGAGUUUACCCGUUCUCUCCAUCCAUCACCCACUCUCACACCUCCUCCCCGUCCCAUCUUCUGCACCUCUGCCCAGUCUUUCCCAUGUUCCUUUCCCUGCUUUUUCUUGUGCCAAACUGACAGAAACCAUCACCAGAUCAGUUUUUUUGUUUUUGUUUCAUUUCCCUUGAGGCCAGCUGCUAUGCCAGGUGGGUGCCUCCCCCUGGCUCCUCAGGGCCCAGAACAGAGGCCAGCCUACCACUUGGGUGACCCCGCCACCAGCACACCCCCAUCCCCUUGCUCUUCCUCCUCCCGCUGACCUUCACGUCCGCAGAUGCCCAGCGGAAACCAGGCUGUGAGAGCUUGCCCCCUUGGAUUGAGGCAGCUGCCCUCCUGCCCUCUUCCUGUCUCGCCAAGAGGCAGGCCGAGGCUGGGUGGGCUCCGGCAGGCCGGGCUGGAUGAGUGAGUGUGUCUGCCCGCUUGGAUGUUGAGGGUUGUUGGGGUGGAGCUGGGUCUGUCCCUUCAUUCUUUUCCGCCCCUCGUGGGCUCUUCCGUCCCUGCAGCUGCAGCCUGUGGUCCCCUGCCCACCACCGUGGACGGCGCGGUGCCUGCAGUCCAGCCUCUCCCUGCCCUGUGCUCUGUCCCGCGCAGCCUCUGCUGCUCUGCUUCUCAGCUCCAGGGAAGCCCGCGCUUUUACUUCUGACCCUCUGUUCCCUGCCCUCUCUUUCCUUAGCCCCCUCCACACCAUCACCUUCUCAAAAACGGAAGGAAAAAAAACUGUGAAACGGGGACUGCUGACUGAUAAACCACGACUUUCAGAGGCUUCGGAGUCUGUUCUCUGGAUGUUUCUUUUCACCUCUUAAGCACCAAAGUCGCAGGGCCAGGUUGCAGGCCACUGAUUGCCAUGUUGAUUUUUAACCUGAUGUUCUUUUUAAUUGUUUUAAAUUUUUCAUAGAGGAGUUUAGGACAAAAUGAAGUCACUGGGGAGAUCACUGCCACUUUUACACAUACAAGUUUUU